GCCAGGUGCCCGGGCCCCGCAGCCCCGCCCCGCGUCGCUCCGCCUCGCCCGCCGCGUCGGGCAGGGGCCCGUCCUGCGGCGUCCUGCCGGCGCGCUCGUCGCACCCUCCCCGGCCGGGGCGCUUCCCGUUUCUCCCAGCGCAGCCAUGGCUCAGCACUUCUCCCUGGCCGCCUGCGACGCGGUCGGCUUCGACCUGGACCACACUCUGUGUCGCUACAACCUGCCCGAGAGCGCCCCGCUCAUAUAUAAUAGCUUUGCUCAGUUCCUAGUUAAGGAGAGAGGGUAUGAUAAGGAAUUGCUCAGUGUGACCCCAGAGGAUUGGGAUUUCUGCUGCAAGGGUUUAGCAUUGGAUCUGGAAGAUGGGAACUUCAUAAAACUUGCAGAUAAUGGCACUGUGCUCAGGGCAAGCCACGGCACCAAGAUGAUGACUCCAGAGGCGCUGGCAGAGGCUUAUGGCAAGGAGGAGUGGAAGCACUUUGUGUCAGACAUGGGAAUGACCUGCCGCUCAGGAAAGUACUAUUUUUAUGAUAACUAUUUUGACCUGCCAGGAGCUCUUCUAUGUGCCAGGGUGGUGGACUUACUAACAAAGCACAACAAUGGUCAAAAAACAUUUGAUUUUUGGAAGGAUAUAAUUGCUGGCAUACAACACAAUUACAAAACGUCAGCUUUUAAGGAAAACUCUGGAAUGUAUUUCCCAGAAAUAAAAAGAGAUCCAGGCAGAUAUUUACACAGUUGUCCUGAAUCUGUUAAAAAGUGGCUUCGACAGCUAAAGAAUGCAGGAAAAAUUCUUUUGUUAAUUACCAGUUCUCACAGUGAUUACUGUAGACUGCUCUGUGACUAUAUCCUUGGGAAUGAUUUUGCAGACCUUUUUGACAUUGUGAUUACAAAUGCAUUGAAGCCUGGCUUUUUCUCCCAUAUACCAUGUCAGAGGCCUUUCCGGACACUCGAGAAUGAUGAGGAGCAGGAGGCGCUGCCAUCCCUGGAAAAACCUGGCUGGUACUCCCAAGGGAAUGUUGGCCACCUCUAUGAACUUCUGAAGAAAAUGACUGGCAAACCUGAACCCAAGGUUGUUUAUUUUGGUGACAGCAUGCAUUCAGAUAUUUUCCCAGCCUGUCACUACAGUAACUGGGAGACGGUCCUCAUACUGGAAGAACUCAGAGGGGACGAAGUUGCGAGGAGUCAGAGGCCUGAGGAGUCAGAGCCUCUAGAGAAGAAAGGAAAAUAUGAAGGACCAAAGGUAAAGCCUCUAAGUACCUCAUCUAAAAAAUGGGGCUCUUUUUUUAUUGACUCAGUUUCGGGACUGGAAAAUACAGAAGAUUCGUUGGUUUAUACAUGGUCUUGUAAGAGAAUCAGUACUUAUAGCACCAUUGCAAUUCCAAGUAUUGAAGCAAUUGCAGAAUUACCUCUGGACUACAAAUUUACAAGAUUCUCUUCAAGCAAUUCAAAAAUAGCUGGCUACUAUCCAAACCCUCCAUUGGUCUUAUCAAAUGAUGAGACACUGACAACCAAAUAAACAUUCUUUACAAUUGAAGUGAAGAACCACAUAUGCAGCAAAUGUACUGUAAAAAGAAAUAUUAAUUCUCAAAAAAUAAUGCUUUAGUAAAUUCCUUUAUAGAAAUAUUUUUAAUGAAAAUUGACCAAGAAAUUGAUAUUUGUCCAUAAGUCUCCUUUCCAAUAUAAAUCAUUUUGAUGUUUAACAACUCUCAUUAAAAUUUCAGUAUACUAGAACUAAAAAGAACCUUAUUUAUAUUUUCUAUACCACUAGUUUUGAGAUUAGAAUUCAGCUGGGGAGACAUACACAAGCACCCACACACACAUUUGCACAUUUACACAUAUGCCUAGUCCAGUGGUUCUCAAAGUGUGGUCCACAGACCAAUAGCAUAGCAUUACCUGAGAACUUAUAAUGCAAAUUUGUGGGCCCCAUCCCAAACCUCCUGAAUCAGAAACUCUGAGAGUGAGGCCCAAAAUCUGUGUUUUAACUGGUGAUUCUGAUUCACCACUGGUUACACCAUAUCCUCCAGAGAUUAGUUUAAUUGGUCUGAAUAGUUAUAGCUGAGCACUGAUAUUUUUUAUAUGCCUUGGGAAAGUAUAGCCAGAAUUGAGAACAACUGAUUUAUACCAAUUCCUUUGAUUGACAGCCAAGAAUGCUGAGUCCAGUGAAAUUAAAUGAUUUUUCCAAGCUAUUAGGUUUUAUUCUAUUCCUGUGUUUUUUUCUAAAAGAAGGAAAUAAAGAGACAUGAUUUCUUCUGAGAUCACAAAGCCAGUAUGGAACAGAGUGAAUACUGGAAGUCACCUAUCUCAGCCUCCAUUGUUACCCAUUAAGUUUUUUCUCCCCUAAUAAUAUUAAAGUCUGUUUUAUUUUUUUUCAUUAAUUUUAAGCCAUGUAUUUCGAAUGGGGACAAAAAUUGGUUCUUGGGGUGGUAAAAAAAAAAAACUCUUAGAUAAUACAGUGGAUUAUAGCCUUCCAAAAGCAUAAUCCUACCCAAAAAAAUCUUAUUCCUUAGUAUUAAUCUUUCUCAUUAGGAAGAAAUUUAAUUUAUAGCUAUUAAAGCUAUUAAUUCAGUUUAAUUAGCAUUAAAUUUAAUUUUUCUCAGGGGAAGGAAAAUGAUAAUGAAAAAAGAGUGUAAGAAAAAACUGCUUUAAGGGGUUUUAUAAGUAUACUAUAAUCCAGGAUUGUUGUGUUCUAUGUGCUAUGUAUAAGUCAUAGUAGCAGCUAUUUGUUGCAAGCUAUUUAGAGCCAAAUAAUGUUUACAAUAUUAGUUCCUGGCUACUCUUUAUGCUCUAAGUUCACUCUCUCCAUCAAGGACAGUAUUAGAAAACACACUGGUCCCUAUCAUUAUUUUACCUGGAUUAUAGAGGAGAAUUUAGUAUAUUGAUGUGUGCAAUGAAAAGAAAAAUAUUUUGUUAAAAUUUGUAAAUGUCAAAUGAAUCCCAAAUAUACCAUGUGGGUGAGUAUCUCAGGGUAGAUAAAAAAUUACUGAAAUUUUUUCCUCAAAGUCAGUAGCUUUGUUUGAUAUCUGUCAAUAAAUAUACAGUGAUGUACUUGAA